GCCUUCAGAGAAACGUUGAGCUUACUUCGGUCAUCCGCCAUUGAAGCUUCUUUUAGCAAUCAUCUGUGCACAAUUUAGAAGCUUCAUUCACUCCCUGUACUAUUUUUUUCCCUACAAUUAAAUAUAGAUACCAUUGCUGCAUUUUACUCCUUGGGAUAUAUCCAAGUAGUUCUUUGUGUUCUUUUGAAUUUGAGAAAAUUUCCGGGUUGGGCUGAGUUUGGCAGAGGUGUUUUGGUUCCUAGUUGAAUUGCUUGAGUCCAUGGAAUCGGGUCAAGCUAGGUCCGUUUUUUACGGAGCGGCAGCCGGAGAUUUCCGAGCGGAGCUCCAACAAUUUGGCAACGACGGAUUCCACGCCGGUUUAAUGCUUGCGGUGGCGGAGGAGGCUGGAAGUUCGUUCACUGCACUGCUCGAGCUCCCGGCGGAGCAGGCUGUGGAACUUUUGGUUCACUCGUCGGAAACAGAAGCCUCACCUCCGGCGAACCUUCCUGAAAUUGAAUCGCGUAGAAAUUAUCGCCACGGCUUUCUACCGCCGCCUAUUUUCCCUUCAGACGCAGCUUUGAUUGACCGAGCCUCCAAAUUAUCUGUAUUCGCCGGGAACUCGCCGUCUAAUUCGUGCUCCAUGACUCAGUUCUUAAAGCAAGAGCCAGUAUAUGCUGAUCCAAACCCGAAAUCUUCAUCCCCGGACGUUUCCAAUCCAACUGUUUACCAGAAAUCCACUAAACGGGAGAGGGAGAAAAAGAUUAAAGAGCCUUGCAUGAAGAAGAGCAAGAAAGCAACUAAGAGUACCACGGCAGAGGAAGGUGGCGAGAAGCUUCCCUACGUUCAUGUCCGAGCUCGCCGCGGCCAAGCCACCGAUAGCCAUAGCUUAGCUGAGAGAGCAAGGAGGGAGAAGAUUAAUGCAAGAAUGAAGCUUUUACAGGAGCUGGUCCCAGGAUGCAACAAGAUUUCGGGUACGGCAAUGGUGUUGGAUGAAAUCAUUAAUCAUGUCCAGUUCCUACAACGCCAAGUUGAGGCUACGCACUGCUACGUACAGGGCAUCGUCUACCCCAACAAAGCUCAUGCCAUCUUCAAGAACGUAGAGGGCAAGAUGGAAACACGGUCUUGGAAAUUCUUCGUCGUCGAAUUUCUCGAAGACAACCCCCUUGACCUUCCCCAUGAAGUGCUCCGGUCAAGCUUGGCUCACACACCUUUCUCCAAAACCUCGUUGGUGGGCACGACCUUCAAGGAGAUGAAUGACGACCAUUUCAUUGACCACGACGAGCUUCAUAAUCCUUUGUUGUUCAAAUCCGUCGGGUUCUACUACCUUGAUGAAGACGCAACGGUGCCUGGCACAAGGGGAAGAGGGCCAUCUUGUCGGAAGAAGAGACGGGACACCCAGAAAAUUCAUCCCUAGCAAGGGAUGGAGAAGAAAGCCAGAGGACUAGCGUUGAAGCCGCCUCCAAGGUUGAGGAAACCUCAAAUUUCCUUUCCUAGGAAACCCUAACCCCUGAAACUGUAACCAUGGCCCCUCCUUAGGUUUUUGUGCCAAGACGCAGGGGUUUAGUACUUAG